CAUAGGCUCAUAGCAGAGCAUUGAACACCUAAAUAAAAUGAGAGAAACAAGGAAAAAAAGACCAAGAAGAAAACAGUCGUUGUGGCUUUUAUGGAUCCUGAACCCCAAUGUCCAAUCCUCUUCUCUUCUCCAUGUUUACCGUUCUCAAACCCUAAUUCUCCGUUUUUUCUCUCUCUCGUUCACAACCCCAUUUUCCCAUCUCGUCGAAACAAACAAAGAAACCCUAACUUUCGUUUCUUUUCUCUCUUACCAUCGCCGGCAAUCCAUCUGCACGAAUUAUCUGUUUAUAUAACUCGUGUACUCAUUGUGUUACACUUGGUAAUGCUUUAGCAUUGUGCUAAACUGCUAAUGGCUGCUGAUCAACGAAAAAGACGAUUAAAUUCUGCUUCUACGAGUUUUUGUUAUGGAUUUCAAGAGCAGUAUAAGGCCAAAAAAAGGGAUUUAAGAUCGCCCAAAUAUGAUUUCAAUUUUAACACUCAUGUUUCUUUAAAAUGGGAUGAUAAUGGAAAGAGGGUUGUUGCCAAAGAUGAUCAAAUUGGGAUUUCUUAUAGACAUUUAGCUCCUUCAGCUCCUUGUAGUAAUACUAAAUUGGCAGAUAUUGUUACCGUUCCGAGGGGUGUCUUUGAGUUGAAUGAUUUAUCUCAAGUUCUUUCUUAUGAGGUUUGGCAAUCGGUUUUAACAGAUAAGGAGAGAAAUUUCCUUGUACAGUUUCUUCCUCCUGGGGUUGAAGCUGAUGAAGUUGUGCACGCUUUACUUUCUGGAGACAACUUUUGUUUUGGGAACCCCUCUUUUAAGUGGAGCUUAUCACUUUGUUCUGGUGGUCUUCACCCUGAUGCGAUUAUUCAACAUGAGAAGUCCUUUAAGAAAAAUAAAAAAGUAUACUAUUUAGAGCUACAACAAUACCAUGAUAGCAUGAUAAGAAGUUUGCAGAAUUUAAAGCAGACAUGUGCAAGUUCAAAUGAUCCCGAGGCUAAAAUGCGACAAAUCAUGUCAAGGCCAAAGAGGCAUGGGCAAACUAUUUUGCACAGAAGUCACAAGCUUGUCGAGAAUGUUCCUGCUAUGUUUGAGUCUUGCUCUCCAACAGCAGAUGCAAAAUUGUAUUAUAGUGACAACCAAAAGCGAUCUGUUAUUAGAGACGCUAAGAUUCAGAAGAGGAUGCGCGAUCAAGUCCUUCUGAAGGAGAAGCACGUGGAGUCAAUAACGCCUUGUAAUGGCCUCAAGGUUUUGCCAAGAUCUAAGAAAGCAGAAAAGGUGCAGAAACUCAACCCGAUCCCUAGUGAUGGUGCCAAGUAUAUGUCAUAUGUUAAGGUUAGCAAGAAGCAGCAUGAUAUUGUUAAGAAUAUGAGGCAGUCAGGCUCGAAUUCUCAAUCUAGGGAUCUUAAAUGCUUGCUAGGUAGCCUUGACAGUUCAAAUGUAAAACCUUAUGAGCUGUUUGUGGAAGAAGAGAAAAAGAGAAUCAAUGAGUACUGGCUAAAUCUUGCAAAUAAGGAUAUUCCAACUGCUUUCAAAAACUGGAGAAACUUGCAAUCAGUGAAGAGGCAAAUGAUGGAUGUUUUAUUGGUAGAAAUGGAAGAGAAACUGAGUGUUCAUUCGAAGUAUAUGCUUUUUCAAACUCAGGCUGAGGAUUUGCUUAACCCUCAUGAGGAUGAACCAACACCUUUUCAUGAUGAGGAUAAUACGGAAACUUAUCUAGAUAUUGUAGAGGAUCGCCUAAAUGCUGGCUCUGCUACCCUGGACUCCAUUUCAGAUAACGACGAGGAGGAAUCAAAUUCCAUAUCUCUCAAGAACGAGUCUCCUUUUCAGAAUUAUCCUUCAAAUAUUGACAAAGAGGUUGAUCCACCCUCUUCGAUGGAGAUUCCAUCAUUGCAAAUUCUUACUGUUAGUGUCGGAGAAAAUUUUGACCCACUCUCGUCCAUGGAGACACAAUCAUUGAAGAGCCGUCCUCUAAAUCUCAGUGAAGAAUUCAUUCCAGCCUCUUCAGUAGAGAAUAAUUCUUCAAUGGAAAAUUGUGUCAUAAAUGAUAAUGAGGAUAUUACUCCUAUGGAUUUGAAUGCUGAAAAUAAUGCUGGUACUUCUGUAACGAGUAAUACAUGUUACCUGCCCAGACAGCAUGAUGCACAAGCAUCUGAAGCAUUCCCUAGCAUUUCGUAUUCAUCAAAUGCUGAAGAAAUUCCUGACUCAUCAUUUCAAAACAUGUGGUCCCCAAUGGGAUUGCCUGGUUCUUAUCAUGCUCCAACUACUUUGCAUACUACUCAUGGUGCGCUCUCUCUUAGGCAUCCGCAAGCAGCUGCAGAUCAGUCUGCAAUGCCUGAAAAGGACACGACCAAAGAUCUGUUGAACAGGCGUACCAGUCAAAUGCCUUUUUACGAUCAUUAUCCACCGCAUAGAGACGGAAAUGAGCUGCUGCAGUCGCUUAAUAGGUGUGAAGAUUUUCAUCAGCAACUGAAUAAGCCUGCAACUGAGUUCCAUCCAACUAAUGCUCUGUUGGAGCCUGCCAAUCAUUUCCCGAGCUAUUUCCAGGAGCAGUUGCUGCAGCCACCAUUCGCAUCGGAUCAUCACAGACAAAAGGCGCCGAGUAAGCUGUUUAUGCAUCAGAACAUUCAAAAUAACGUUUACUCUGAUAAGUAUGCUAUUCAAGGUCCAGAACACUUUCCAUCCCUAAUUGUUAGAGAGUUGAGUAAUGCUCGGCUAUCUAACCCUAUCUCGCAUCCUCAAUUGAGCUCUGGGGAUUUGUCGAACCCUACAUGGUUUUCUUCUCAAAACAGAGCUCAUGGUGGCUGGUCCUUAUCAGACGGUAUGGUUUUCUCUGCUCCAAGUAUCGGAAGUAAUAGCGGCAGUGAUCAGAGCCUCUAUAGUGGCCUUCCACAAUGCAAUUUACAUUCUCCAAGACCCUACAACCCCAUGGUAUCUACUCAACAAACGAUCCCACCGACAAAUUAUGGACAACUCGUUGGAGGAGUGCCCAUCAACUCCAAUGGUUUGCUGCCUCCACUCCCUCCAUUUAAUUACUUGCGGGGUGUUGAGGCUUCGACAACUAUGAAGACAUCCAACAUGGGGUAUAUGAGUUUGGGACAUCAAUCUUCGGGGUUACGGGAUCCUUCAGGUAAGCCUCUCUUGAAGUCUUGGAACCGAUGAGUGUGGCCUCGUUAUGGACAUCAUGUUGGUAACCCGAGCUGAACUUUGACAAAAGCAAGAAAACGAUUUUUUGCAUUUCUUGGAGAGAUGUAGGAUUGUAGGCCCGCUGUACAUAAUACACAACUGCGGAGACCCACACAAUGCAUAUAGCUAGUUUGUAGUAGUAGGUAUCCAAAGAUCUUGUAAUCCAAGUAUCCAAGGAAAUUAGUUAGGGACACGUUAUUCUUUGCAAUGCCAAGUUUUCAAGGAAAUUACCUUAUAGACGUUAUUAUUAGCACAACAUGAGCUUUAGUAUAUAUAAUCUGCUCAUGUAUACUAUUGGCACAACAUGGAAUAUUAAUGGCUAUUUAGGAC